GUGCAUCCUGCCAACACAAAUCCUGCAUCCUCCAGGCAACUCGUCAUGAAGUCUGCAAGCCUGCAGGCACUGACAUCUCCCACCUGACUGAGAGUCUUCCUAAAGAUAAAGGCCGGAGCGCCACACCGACAGAUUCCUCGGAUCAACAAACCGUCACUCCUAACCCGGCUGCCUCAUCGGACCUCAUCGAUGCAGCCAUGAUGUCCACGCUGUCUGAGCCUCUGGAGCCGGACAUUGGGACAAACCUGAUGCCCAGAGAGGACGACAUGGAGAGCCUCUGGACGGAGGAGACGAGGCCCAGUGGAGUGACAGAGGACACCGUGGGUCUGAUGUCUCAGGAUGAAGCCACCGAGGGAACGAUGUCUUCAGAAGCGCUCCCUCUCAUCUUUGAGCCUGUUGAAGAUGUCACACCCGAGGAGGCGACCUCACUCACCUCAGCGUCCCGCCACGCUCAGCUUCCUGCCGCCAUGGCGACCGGCGGCUGGCGUCUGUCUGAGGUGGACCUGAAGCAGCUGGUCACCGUGGAGGCAGACAGUGACAGUCCCUCUCAUGCCACGCCUUUGCUGAUGCCAGACUGGACGUCACCCUGGCAGGUGUCAGGCUCUGAGCUCCUGGAUCCCAUCGGCCAAUCCGAGCCGACGGUCUUGCGGCGGCGCCUUGAGUCAGGACGGCUAGAGGACGACUCUGACAGAGGUAAUGUGAGGACGGCAGACGUCGAGGAGAGCCACCUCAUCAUGGAGGCUUCGCUCUCCUCAAUGCAGGAUGCUUCCACAGCGGUAACCAUGGCAACCCAACUUAAAUCGAGAUCAGGGCUGGAGCAAAUGGAGUCUGAAGAGGACGAAGAUGACGAAGAGGAGGAGAAUUCUGAGGAGUCUGUGGAAGACGACAGCGAGGAAGACUUGACAGAUGCGCCCAGAAAAUCCUUGACCCAACCUCCGUACAGCAUCAUUCCUCCUCCUCCAGUCUGGGUGCAACGCAACCAGGGACUGAUGCGGAGCUGGGUCGACCUGAUCAGAGAAAAGGCGGGCUAUGUGUCCGGUAUGUUGGCCCCUGUAGGGAUUGGCAUCGCAGGGGCCCUGCUCAUUGUUGGCGCCCUCUAUAGCAUCAGGAUGAUUCAUCGCAAAAGACGCAACAGUUUCAAGCAUCAACGGAGGAAGGUCAGACAACCAGAGCAGCCUGGUGAGCUGAGCACCAGCGGCCAGGACCAGGCCAUGCUGCUGGCAGACAGCUCCGAGGACGAGUUCUGACGUGACUUGGGUCAGGCACUUUUCCGACCUGCCAAACAAUGCUGCUGAAGGUUUCCAUCACUAUGACGACCGCACCUCCGAUCACCCAUGGUUGUUCAGCUAUGACUCAUCUGAUGUGCUGAGUAUGACGGAGCAUAAGUACACAGGGAAUUUCCCUGUAUAUUGAUGGAACAUUGAGCCCAAAGGAAACGUGAGGGGAACUAGUUUAACAUUUCACAGUCAAGUAAAUUCAGACUGUGUGCUGGUUUCCUGACAGAACAGCUGCAGUUGAGACUAAGUAAGUGUAAAUAUAUGUACAGUAAAUGCAGCCAAUGGUGGUUAAUGUACAUAAAAAGACAUGUUUAUCAAGAGCAGUAACAAUAGCACAUUGAAAACAGCAGAACAGACAGCAAUAUCGUUCAUAACUUGGGACCAACAUUUACUUUUAAACCAGUUUCAGAUUACAUUUCAGUUCGAGGACCAGCUUUCAGUUUACGCUCAGCCUGCUUCAUAGAAAACCUUGUUGACAUGCAAAUAAAAACUGCAUUUUAUUGUUUGAGUUCAUCAGCUUUCCUGAGUAUUUCAAUAUUCUAUAUCAAUAAUGUAGCAUUAACAAACCCUAAAUGAAGGGUUGAUGUAUUAAAUGCAUGUCGUUUUUAUUUUUUGAAAAAGCACAAUUAGAAAAAAAAAAUUAAA